UUUUGCAUUUCCGGGAAGAGAACUGUAAGUAAAUAAUACAGAUCUCUCCCCUGUCAGCUCCUGCACACUGCUAUGCAUGGCUGUGCAUAGCAGUGUGCUUACAGUGUAAAGCACACACAGCCCCCUAGUAAAACACAUACAGCACACAGUUAACCCUAUGAUCGCCCCACAUGUUAACCCCUUUCUGCCCAGUGCCAUUAGUACAGUGCAGUGCUUUUUAUUAGCACUUAUCACUGUAUGGGUGUCAUUGGGGAUGUCAGUGACACCAAGUCAGUUCCCCCCCGUGCCAGAAUGCCUGCCGCAGUCGCGC